AUGACAUGGCUCAGUGACCAUCUCCUGGAACUUGACAGCUCCGAUGAGAGAUCGUUUAGCCACGAAAUUGCAAAAUGGUGCUUCUUUCUCAAGGACGCCGGCUAUGAUAGUACCAAUGUGGUCGGAACCUUCGAAGAGUGGCUCCAUGAACACAGUCACGCUGAGCCACUAAGUGCGAGGCGGCUCUCUUUGGCGGAGCUUGAGAUCAAGAAGUUUUACGAUAUUCCCACGAAGGCACCCCGCCUUGUCCCAACAGACGAACCUUGUCAGCCGUCGCCUCCACCGGAGAAGACUCUGCAGCAGUUUCCCUCAAUAAAUGAGGCGUCCGAAGCGCAUCCUGUCGCUGGUUUUGGACAGAUCCACCCCGACCGCCUCAAGCUGUCCAGAUACGGUGACAAUAAACAUGAGGAAGGCGAAGUCAUUGAUGUAGAUGACUGGCAACGUCCCGUCGUUGCCAUCAGCUCCGAUGAGGACGUAGAUCCUCAAACAAAGAACACUAUGUCCUUCCUCACCGGAGCGAACCGAAUGGUCUUUGGUGAGGAUGAAGCCAUCAUGACCACUGACCUUCAGGGAAAGAAGAAGAAAACGAAGAAAGCGAAGAAAAGCAGGGCACAGACGAUGCAGUCAGGGCCUACUUCGAUUCAAACCCAAGAGAAGAACAAGACUUCCUGUGGUCGUUGCGGUGUCCCUGGACAUUACCAUAUGCAAUGCCCAACAAACCUCGAUCCGUCGUUUGACAAGAGUCCGCCCGACGAGUACAAAUGUAACUUUUGCAACAGAUACGGUGACCACUAUGCCACAGUCUGUAACAGGAACAUGAACCCUACAUCGCUCACUCAGCAGAGAAAGCGAUUUGCAGAACGAGGUCGUCAAUUCCACCCCAGCAGAGGUCGGAGUAGAUCACCAUUGAGGGGGCCGAACGAUAAACGUCACAUUGGAAGGGAAAGAUCACCAUACAGGGUGCCCAGAGACAGACAUCACUACGAUAGGGAAAGUUCACCCUACAGGGAGUCAGAAACCAGACAUCACGUCGAUAGCGAUCGGUCGAGAGAGAGGAGAAGGUCUCGGGAGAGAUACAGAAGAAGGCGUAGUAGAUCCAGAUCCAGGUCUCCUUCUCCUCCCCGGCAGGCUCUACCGAGAAGAGACAACCCCCAGGCCAUUAGGGAGCAUCGAUUCAAACACCCGUAUCGCCAACCGAGCUUUCAGAAACUAGAGCCAUCUUCUCCGCCUCAGUCAAGGGCCCUAGACUACGGCGAUACCUUCGAACAUAUGCCCGAUGCGCCCUAUCGACCUUUGAGUUCACGGCCCACGGAAGUUAAAAUUCGAGGGCGAGGAAGUUCUCUCUACUACGAUGACAAUGUAAAGGGAGCUAUGCCAGCUUCUGUCUACGGAAAUGAGGACCUGAUGUCCCGCAAGACGCAUCAGCCACAAAUGCCGGCGCCUCAUCAGGACGAUUACGUUUAUCGCCCAACAUUGUAUAAAGGAUCUUUCAUCACUGAGCUGACAGAUUUGAUCGCCAGCACCACCGUCUCGCCUCUGGCACGAGCUCCUAUGAAGAGUAGGCUGCCAGAGGUGUUCAAAAAUGACUUGCGGCAGUCUUCUGGAUCGUGGGUAAUCGAGCCGACCAUUAUUAACACUACUUUGGUUAAACCGGAGUUAGUUCCAAAUAUUGUGCGGGAGUCUUCACCCCCCGUUGAGCUGGGUGUUACGGAGAAGAGACUUGACGGUCGUCAUGGUACUCGGUAUCAUCCAGCCAUCUUGGAGCUGUUCAAGAACCGGAAGAAUGUCUGGAUUAACAAGAUUGACAAAGCUAUGCGCAGCCAAGCGUCUAGUUUUUUCUGGGACACAGAUCCCAAGGACCUGGAGGAGGAACUGGAUGUUUCAGCUGAUACUAACGCUGAAUCGGCCAGUGACACAGUCAUGACGGAAGCCGAGCCCGUUGGUACGGCCAUUGAUGAGGCUAAUAGUGAAGCUACGCCUGUUGCGUUGUUGACUGAUGGCCCCCGACGUGUCGAUUCCACGCCGGCUAUCGAUGUCGUGAUGGAGAAUCAUACUGAAAUGCAGAUUCUCUAUCGCGAUGAAGACGGAGUUCAAACUCAUCACCCUUGCGGAGACGGUCGGGUUGGCUUCAAGCCACCUGUCGAUGCUGCAAUGGAGGAUGAUGAGCCUCUUGGAUUCUCUGCGGCUGUUGACGUCUCUGCAAUUGUCGAUGAAGUGAUCGCUGAAGUGGCGGCAAAGACUACCUCCGGGUCGGUUGAGAAGGAGUCACCUUCUAUUGUGGCCACGACUCGCUCGGAGACCCUCAGUUUGCCUAAGACAAUCAACUUGACUUCGGCUGAGAGCGCUCACAUCGUCCGCAAAGUCAAGCCUGGGCACGGGGUCACAGUAAAUGACCAUGACAAUUGCACGCCAAUGGAGGGCGCAGAGGAGGUUGGAGACAGUAGCAAAUCUGAGACGGCCAUCAAAGACGUGAUAAACGUUGAAGCGGACCUUGAACCUGUUGAGAUGAAGAUUUCUCAGCCUGAAGAUCAAGUGGACGUCACAGUCUUCGAGGGGUCGAAGGCGCAGUAG